AUGACGAACCAGCUGCGGGAUAACCCAGUGAAGAUCCUCCCUAUGAAGGAGACAGGCUCUGGAAACAUCACCUCCAUCUCCUACAUCCUCCUUCUGGGAUUUGGGGACCUCAAAGAGCUGGGGAUCCUGCUUUUUACUGGCUUUCUUGCCAUCUAUAUCGUAUCCAUGGCUACCAACCUCCUCCUGGUGCUGCUGGCGCUCCUGGACCCGCAUCUCCACACCCCGAUGUAUUUCUUCCUCUCCAGCCUGUCCUGCCUCGAGAUGAUCUCCACAUCCAACAUCACCCCCAUGAUGCUUUCUGGUCUCAAGACAGGCACUGUGACAAUAUCCCUGGGCGGCUGCAUCAUGCAGCUCUAUCUCUUCGGCACCCUGGCUACCGUGGAAUGCUUCCUGCUGGCGGCCAUGUCUUAUGACCGAUAUUUGGCCGUAUGCCACCCGCUCCGUUACCCUUCCCUCAUGAGUGGCAGGUUCUGUGGACAGCUGGUGUUUGGGGCGUGGGUGGGAGGGUUCCUGUUCAUGGGGAUUGUGUCACUCUUGCUCUCGGCCUUGAGCUUCUGUGGGCCCCAUGAGAUAGACCACUACUUCUGCGAUUUCCAGCCCCUGCUGGCGCUCUCCUGUGCUGACACCUCUAUGAUCCAGACAGCCACAUUCUUCCUGUCCUUCAUCCCAGCCUCCCCCUUCCUCCUAACAGUUGCUUCUUACGUGUGCAUUGCUUGGGCACUGCUGAGGGUCUCUUUUGCUUCAGGGAGGCGCAAAGCCUUCUCAACUUGCUCCUCCCACCUCACUGUGGUGACCCUGUUCUACGGGACGCUGGUGGCCAUGUACAUGUCUCCCAGGGCCAACACAGGGCUGAACCUCAGAAAGACGCUCUCCCUGCUCUACACUGUGUUCACCCCACUCCUCAGCCCUCUUGUCUAUAGCCUAAGGAACCGAGAG